AUGUCUAGUUACAACAACAACAACAAUGAAAAUAUCGUUUCUACUGAUAUUUCUUCUCCCAUCACUGAUAACAACAACAACAACAUGUCAGAAUUAAAAUCACCAAAAUCAUUAACUCCUUUAAUAGAACAAAAACUUCGUAAUAUCGCUCCCGCUCCUCAAAAUAAAUCUGAAUACGAUGUUUAUCAUAUUCCAAAAGUAUCCAGCUGCAAAUCUACCAAAAGUUGCUCAUCGUCAUCAUCAUCAAGUAGUUCUUGGCGUAAACGUAAAAAUAAUGGUCAUAUUCCUCGUCCCAAGAAUUGUUUCAUGGCUUAUCGUGAACAAAUUCAACAUAAAGUUCUUGAAGAAAAUCCUGGAAUGAAUAAUAAACUUGUUUCGGUUAUUGCAGCAAAAAUGUGGAACGAAGAAUCAGAAGAAACCAAACAACACUGGAGAGAACAACUUGCCAAAACUAUUUUGAAUAAUAAUAGUAAUAUUGUUUUUAAUGAACCCGAAGAUAUUACUGUUGCUUUCAAUAAUCGUACUCCACCUCUUCUUUGGAGUCAUUAUCGUUCUACAUCUACUGAUUCAAUAAGUUCUUGGGCAAGUGAUUCAUCCGCUCCUUCAACUCCUCCUUACAUUGAAUCAAAUUCUCCUUCCCUUCUUCCAACUACUAACUGUCCUUCAUUUAAAACUCCUAAUUAUCAAAAUAAUUAUCUUCAUCCUCAUGAUUUUCUUGAAUAUUCUUCAUCUCCCUUACAUUAUACCAACACCGCCAACACCAACACUACAACUAGUGAUGAUGAUUGGAAUAAAAUUAUUUCAUCUUUUGAAGAUAAUUUCUUUGAUACUUUACUUCCUGCCAUGGAAUUCGAUCAAAGCAUGCAAAUUGAUGAUUCUACGGAUAAGGGUAAUUACUAUUUGGAUGAAGGUGAUGAUUUAGAAUAUAAUGAAUUUAAUGAAGGGUUCUUUAAUGAUCCUUCUUCACAACUUUUAAAUUCUUUCAAAAAACGUAAAAAACCAGAUGAUGCCAGAUUAAAUAAUUUAAUGGAGAAUACACUCUCUAUACUUGAAGGAUUAUGA